AUGUCUAGUAGCAACAACAAGGAUAAACAAGAGUGGGCAGAAGGUAGUGAUAAUAACAUGUUACUAAGCGGCUUUAAGGAGAAUAACAUUUUUUCAGAGUUAGAGACGGAUUUUAAUAGGAUUGAGACUGUGAUUGAUACGUUACUCGCUCAACCUUUGAGCGAAAUAGCUUCAAGAUUUCCACCAGCAGAGCGUGCAAGGCUAUACUUAUUAUAUGCUUAUUGCUGCAAUAAACUUACUUCACUAUAUUUGGAGGUCAAUGGAGAACCCGAGACUAGAGAGAUUCUUGACCAGGAAAAACGCGUUCAAGAGAGUUCGAAUAGGGUUGAAAAUACAAUUAAUCCACCACAACCUUCGUUAGUAUUAAACCGUUCUGCUGCUACGCGCUUCAUUAUGCAUUCAUUACCAAAAGAACGUGAAAUAAAAGAUGAGAUUCGACGUGAAGUAAAAGAAGAGGUUCGCGCAACGAGUUCAGCACACACCCGAUUUGAUGAUUAUAGCGAGAGAAGAUUUAGUGGUUCUUCAUCUAAUGAUAGAAGAGCUAGUGGUUCUUCAUCUAAUGAUAGAAGAACUAGUGGUUUUUCUAAUAUAGGUUCAUCACCUAGUGAUAGAAGAAUUGGUGGUUUUUAUAAUGCUAGUUCUCCAUCUAGUGAUAGAAGAAAUAGUGGCAAUCACAAUACUGGUGGUUCUUUACUUUAUGAUAGAAUUUCUCGUGUGGGCAUGUCACCUC